CCUGGGUGGUGUUUGUAGGAGUGCUUGGAAGAACAGUGCCCAUGAAUCUCUGACACCAUGAUGUACAUCCGGCAAAGAAAAGAGACCAAAACCAUAGAAGUUUCUGAGGAUUUUCCGUCACCAAAAGGAAAUGUGAAGCUGGAAGAGAAACCGCCAUCUGGUUGUGCCUCUGGAAGGUUCUGGAAGAUCCUGUCGUCUGUGGUUGGUGGAAUCGUGGCCCUUUGCAUUGGACUUCUUACGUCUGUCUACCUGGCUACCCUGCAUGAGAAUGACCUGUGGUUUUCCAAUAUUAAGGAAGUAGAGCGAGAAAUCUCAUUCAGGACAGAGUGCGGACUGUACUAUUCAUACUACAAGGAGAUGCUGCAGGCGCCGACCCUCCUGCAAGGUUUUCAUGGCUUAAUCUAUGAUAAUAAAACUGAAUCCAUGAGGACAAUUAACCUCCUUCAGCGAAUGAAUAUUUACCAAGAGGUUUUCCUCAGUGUUUUAUAUAGAGUUCUCCCCAUACAGAAGUAUCUAGAACCUGUUUAUUUUUAUAUCUACACUCUUUUCGGGCUCCAAGCAGUCUACGUGGCAGCCCUUUAUAUGACCAGCUGGCUCCUUAGCGGCACCUGGCUGUCAGGACUGCUGGCGGCUCUCUGGUACGUCACCAACAGAACAGAUACCACGAGAGUGGAGUUCACCAUCCCUCUGAGGGAGAACUGGGCUCUGCCUUUCUUUGCAAUUCAGAUUGCAGCAAUUACCUACUUCCUGAGACCAAACUUACAGCCUCUUUCUGAAAGGCUGACACUUCUUGCCAUUUUCAUAUCAACUUUUCUCUUCAGCCUGGCAUGGCAAUUUAAUCAAUUCAUGAUGCUGCUGCAGGCGCUGGUGCUCUUCAUUCUGGACUCCCUGGACAUGCUGCCGGCCGUGAAGGCCACCUGGCUGUAUGGCAUCCAGAUAAGCUGCUUGCUCCUUGUCUGCACCCUUCAGUUCUUCAACUCCAUGAUUCUGGGGUCGUUGCUCAUCAGUUUUAAUCUUUCCGUACUAAUUGUAAGAAAGCUUCAGAAAAACCUAAAAACUGGGACCUUCCUGACUAGGGUCGGCAAACUCUUGUUGCAUUUACUUCUGGUUUUCUGUUUGACACUUUUUCUCAACAACGUUAUUAAGAAAAUUCUAAACCUGAAGUCAGACGAACACAUCUUUAAGUUUCUGAAGGCCAAAUUUGGGUUUGGAGCGACCAGCGAUUCCGCAAAUCCGCAGUCCAUGGGUCAGACAAGAAAGUGUGCCGUUGACCUGAAACCUGAAGCCGCUUACAACUUAAUCCACACCCUUCUGUUUGGGGUCUUGGCGAUGAGUACGAUGAGGAUGAAAUACCUAUGGAUCUCUCAUAUGUGUGUGUUCGCGUCAUUUGGCCUGUGCAGCUCUGAGAUCUGGGAAUUGCUCCUGAGGCUGCUUCAUCUCUGUAACCCAAAGAGGAUCUGGGUCAUGCGGUAUUCGGUGCCCAUACUCACGCUGCUGUACCUGUGCUGUAAGUCCUGGCCAGGGAUGAUGGAUGAACUCUCGGAAUUGAAAGAAUUCUAUGACCCAGACACGGUGGAGCUGAUGGACUGGAUUAGCUCUAACACACCAAGAAAGGCCGUGUUCGCUGGGAGCAUGCAGUUGCUGGCUGGAGUGAAGCUGUGCACGGGACGGACCCUGACCAACCACCCACACUAUGAGGACAAAAGCCUGAGAGAGAGGACCCAAGCGGUCUAUCAGAUAUACGCGAAAAGGUCCCCAGAGGAAGUGCACUCGCUCCUGAGGUCGUUUGGCACUGACUUUGUGAUCCUAGAAGAUAGCAUCUGCUUUGAACGCAGGCACCAGAGGGGCUGCCGGCUGCGCGAUUUGCUGGACGUCGCUAACGGACACGAGAUGGAUGGGCCAGGAGAGAGUGACCCCGACUUGAGACCUGCCGACCACCCUCGCUUCUGUGAGGAGAUUAAAAGGAACCCUCCUUCCUACAAAGCUCACUUCACUAGAGUAUUCCAGAACAAGACAUUCCACGUCUACAAACUGUCCCGAAACAAGUAAAACCACAGUGCAUCUACAGCUGACUGAGACGGUGUCUGAGUGAGGAGCAGGGCGUGAAUGCAGGAAUUGCAGCCGCUGCAGGCAACCCUGCCUUCAUCCAAACCCUUCACUGCCGUCAGUCUUUUCCAUCCUGUCUGUCUUUCCCGUGAGUGUUCCUUUAGCCUGAUUAUGUGCACCUGGCCAAGGCUGGUUGGGGAUUUUGCCACCAAGGGAGUCGUGUGUGACCCUCUGGUGGCCUGGAAAAUGAGAGCCUAUUUAAGAUCUGAAACACUUGUGAUUUUUCAGUGAACCUGAGCCACUUAUGAAUGAAUAUAGUUGACGGGCUGCAUGGUUCAGUUACUGAUACUUCUUCACCACCGAAACCAAUCGGUGGCUUUUUAAAAGCUUAUUGUCCUGUCUCUUUAAAAUUUUAUAACAUUUUCCAAUGUAUCAUGUUUUCAUGCGUGAAGAAACAAAUCAUGUUAGGUCUUUCUCUAAAAUGCCACAUGUGCAGAAGUGUGGGGCAGGCUUAGAGUAUGUGUGUGUUUUAAUUCUGGGCACACAAUCAGGGUGCUACCGGGCCAAGUGUCAUAGCACACUUCUUUAAUCCCAGCGCUCAAAGCCGGGGCCGGGCAAAUCUCUUGAGAGCUCAAGGCCAGCCUGGUCUACAUAGUGAGUUCCGGGCCAGCCUGGGCUAUGUAGAGAGACCUUGUCUCAAAUAAGCAAAGUGUCCCAGGUCUCAUACUAGAAGUCUGCAAGGGGCAGAAGCUGGGUAGCCUGAGCUACUGGUACAGGCGCUUUUUAAAACCCAUCUGUGCUGUUUAGUCUCUCUUGCAAGUAAACUAGUUUUGCUUCAUUUUUUACUCAUUUCAAUGUACUGGGUUUGCAAAACUUUGUAAACUUUUUUGUGUUUUUAGCCUUUGUAUUUUUUCAUAGACUAGGAACUUGCAACGUAUGGGGGGUUUUUUAGAUGCUGUGUCUGGACCCUGAAAUUCAGUCUGGUGUUUUCAUACCCUUGGACCUGUGGUCUCCAGUCUUCCCUCUCGGCCCCAGAGAUGCCACUUUUCUCCCUAAGAGGUGACCAAGUGCCUCCAAGCCGCGCUCGAUUGUAAACAGCAAAGAGGAGUGGUGUACCUGCUCAGAGUUUUUUGAUAAUUGCUUUUGUAAUUCAUUUCUAAUGGUGGGGGCAUGUCAAAGCUGCUGAUAGAGGCAUAUCGUCCACUUAAUUAAAUCAAGAAAGCUAAUGAAAUCACCCUCCUCGCCUGCUCUUGCCACUUGGAAAUGAUUUAAACCUUUCUCCUCACCUGUCCGUGCAAUAAAUCCCCUUGAGCGUUGGGUCGGAGAGCACCACGUACUCUGGCGAUUCGCUGUUUGGUUACCACUUAAGUAGCUUUCAAAAAUGCAUUUCAUUGUCUCAUCGGGCUCAGGGUUUUUAUGCAAAACUCAUUUAAAUAAACCAUCAACAGCUAGGUUUUUAAAUUAGGCCCCUGGAACUUUGUAAUCCAGCCUUUUCUGGACCCCAUCAUAAGGUUGGAGACCACCGAAGUUCUGGGUAACGCAGCAAGAAAACAGGAUCAUCAAUGCCAAAACUUUAAUGAAGCCAGCAACAUCGAAUGCCCGACACAGCUGCCAGCGCUGGUGGUGGAACAUUCUGGGCCAGUGCCUUACUCUUAAGGGAAAGCAAGGACAGGAAGGCACAGUGUAUCGAGACCCCGUGACUGUUACUUUGUGGGUGGGUUUGCAUUUGUUUUACACGUUCCUAUAUGUAUUCGUAUCAUCGCGCAGUGUUUGGCGUCUUGGUAUCCAAGAGCCUCCCACUUAACUUGGAUGCCCAUCCUUACCAAGGUGACAGUCACACUAGUGGGCGCUGGCUUUCUCCACAGCACCACUGCUGCCAAACCAUUUCCUAAAAACUGAGAAGUGCCAAACCCCGUCUUCACACAGGCGCUCUCCCGAGACACUGUGAUGUGUACAGGACAAGUUUUUACUCUUGGUGAGCAAAUCUUUCAGCGAAUCAUGUUUGAUACUUUUAGCUCUGAUGAGGACUUUAUAUAGCUUGUGGCCUUGUCAUCAAGCACACAGGAGAAAAGAGGACCCACCCUUGCCUUUUGCCCCCACACCGUGCAGGCUGAAGCUGGAGCCCUGUAGGCCUCACUCCUUGCUGUUUGGGCCCUGGGGACUGUUACAUCUGGGUAAUAAGGGUAGGCUGUGGCUCCAGAUAGAACAAGCACUAGGCUUCGCUUCUGAGUUCUCGGAAGAACCUCUAAGUACAACAGAAGUGCUCUUAAUUAACGCUGCUGUGACUCCUCAGAGCUUCAAGUCUCCAGCCCUCUUGGGAGCCACCUGCUGCAAUCCGGCAGGUGGCCACUGCCUUGUGUCUGCACUCCUGGUGCCUGGCUCCAGUCAUGGUCCAACCCGGAUCUCGGGGUUCACUUUCUGCUUCUGAUUGUAAGUACAGCGCCCAACCACAAGAGGCUGCAGUGUGGCUUGACCGUAGAGUGUUUGCCUGGCCUUGCACAAGGCCCUAGGCUUGAUCGCCAUCCAGCACUGCAGAAGACAGGCAGGCAGGCAGGCAGAGAAAAAGAGAUUCGUUUGCAAAAAUGUAAAUCGGAUACUUUGAUAAAGUGGGUUUCCCAUGAAAAUUGCUUUUAAAUUUAACGUCUGCAGAGAUGGCUUGGUAGUUAAGAGUGUAUGACCCGUGCAGAAGACCCUAGUUUGAUCACACGUUGGCCAGCUCACAACUGCCUGUAACUCCAGCUCCAGGGGCACCCAGGGCCUUCUGCAGGCCUCAGCAGGCACUUCACUCAUGUGCCCAUUCCCACACACAGACAAUUUUAAAAAAGGAAAAUAGUUUUUAAAAACUAAAUGUGAUCAGGAAAGUCAUUAAAUGUGGCGGGGGGAGAUAAAAAUGAAGGGAAUGAAUGAGCUUAGAUCCCUCAUGUGCUGGUCCUGCCUUUCCAGUAUCUACACUGGAAGCUGUGUGUGUGUCUCAGAGGUAGAGAACUUGCCUGGCUCGAGUGAGGCCCUCCGUUCUGUCCCCAGCACUGGAGGAAAAACGUUCUUCCCAAAUCAUGUGAUUGGUGUGAUUUAUGCAAGAAAGAACCACAGACAAGGACUCCCAUGAAAUAAGAGUCCCUGGCUUCUCAUCGAAAGAUCAGUGAGUGACAUACCGCUGUCCACUGCUGGUGACAGGUCCCCCAUUAACCAUUAGUCAGACAGUUACUGCUCCCGUGGAUGACAGAUGUCCUGCUUGUAAGGACAGCCUUUGCCCCACCACUUGAUUUCCGAUGUGUUAGCGAAGCCUAACAACGAGGCCACCAAAGAUACAAAGAUAUUUCCCCCAAAAUGUAGCUCCUCUUUAGCCAAAGUGUACUUGAAACAUUGGUUUUAAUCCCAGCUGGGGACCAGAGGAAGAGCAUGAAGUGUUCUCAGAUCCUGUCUGCCGUAUCACACGCCUACAGCUGCUCCAGCCAUGGCAGCCUGUGCGUGCGGGGAGAGUGACGCUCUGUUGUCAGGUCCAGACACGGCCAGCAGCGUCUGCUGGGGAAAAGCUUACAAAGAGCAUCUCUAAUUUGUUGUACUGAAUUGUAUGGAGAUUAUAUACUAAAUAAAGCUCUUUUCAAUGA